AUGUCUGAAAUUGACUGGACCUGGAUCGUGCAGGUUGCGCCGCCGUGGUGGGUGCCUAUCUUUCACCGUGUCAUGGCUUUCGGAACGUCGCUGGAUGUAACCCAAGAUGAACAAGCUGUAUCCGACGCUGUGCAGACUUUCGCCCUAACCCUGCCCGCUGACCUAACACGAAUACAACAGGAUGAUUUCUGCAGUGUCUUCUACGAAUCCCUGAAUGACCGUCACGACCGUCGCUACCGACUCAUGAUCCACUUCAGAAACAGUCUCCUGCGGACCACGGAUCCUCUUAGUGAUCACGCAUCCAACUCCCUUGUGAGGGACUUUGCCAGGGACACCAUUGCAAAUUUGACUGACUUGGAUCGCAUGCAGACCGAGAUCGAAAACUUUUGUGCAACGCUCUUGACGCCUCAAGACCCCAGGGCUCUAAGAGCACUAUUGGUCGUGGAAUUCAAAUGGAGUAUUGAUAAUUUCCGGCCAGAUUUUCCACAGAUCAUGGGCCUAUUCCAAGCUUAUGUGCAAUUGCACCCCUCGGCAGUUCAUCCUCACCCCAGAGAUCGUUUCUCACAUUUCACGCAUUUCUUAACCCCCCAAAUGUGGCAGCGGCUCUAUCAGGCACGACCGCAUCUGCUUGCGCCAUUCGAGCCGGUGGUACCACCAGUCGAGGACGGUUGGGGUGUGGUGAUGCCCUUGUGGUUUAGGCCAGUCUUGCCCACGGACCCAACAUGGGGUGAGGCAUUGAACGUGAGUAAUGUGGACACUGAAGGCUCACGCACGCUUCUGGAGGCUUGUCAUUAUGCUCAUGAUAUGCUCAACCUCCAACUUGCGUUGAACGUGGUGUCCGAAAGAAUGGUCGACAUCGUCUUCGAAUUCCUGGUUGAAAGACCACACGACGUACCAGGCCAUGACGCGCUCGCAACACUCCAACGAAGUAGGGACGACCUGCGAGGCAUGUAUUUCGUGGAAAAGUACGAAAAUGGUGAUGAUUUCUCCAUAGAGAAUUGCCCUCUCAUUCGUGACCGGCUUGAGAGGGAAGAAGCGCUCCUCGAUCAAGUCAGAGCCCGCCACGUCGACGCAGAGCGUUUCUUGGUGGCCAUGGAAGCUUCCUUCCUGGGCGCGAGAGAUAGAUUCUUCGCUGCCGCCUUACGAUAUGAACGAAGCAAAUAUCGACAAUUCAUCAAGUCGGCCGUGAAUUCUUUGAAGACGGAGCGAUUGAGGCAGAUCGACUACACGCAGAAUGUCCUCCGCUCGUGGGAAUAUGCUUGGGAACCUCCAGUCAUGCCGCCUUUUCACCAAGAUCAUACCAUAUGUCCCAUCUGCCAGGAAGAUCUUGGCGGAGAAGAUGGUGAGAUCGUGGCCGACCCAGUAGUGACCGGAUGUUGCCAGAGGCCGUUCCACAUUGACUGUAUUCUUUCGUGGCUUCUCGAAAAGAUCAACAAUGAUGCUGGCAUGACCUGCCCUAUGUGCCGAGAUAGGAAGGGCUCCGACUUCUUGGCGGAUGUGUUGGAAAUGAAGGUGAUGCAGAUGGACAACUUGUGA